AUGUCGCUCACGGUCGAAUCUGUCACUACCCAAGAGGAAGCAUGCCGCCUCCCCUCCUUCGACAGCAAUGUCGCCUGGGAGAUCGGGAACAUCAUCCGCACCAACGCCCAACAAAACUUCACGCGCCCUGUCGUCGUCUAUAUCGCACACGCGAACUCAUCCCAGCUCCUCUUCUUCGCCACCUCAGGACCUGGUACGCUUCCAGACAACAUGCACUGGGUGAAGCGCAAAGAGGCAGUGGUGCUCCGUUGGGGAUGCUCAACGAUGCUCAUGAGAUUGAGACUGCAGGCCCGAGCAAAGACACUGCAGGAGUUGUAUGAGAUGAGCGAUCCGAGCAUAUAUGCAGUGCAUGGCGGAGGUUUCCCAGUGAAGGUUAAGGGCGUGGAGGGGGCCGUGGGAGUGAUAGUGGUUAGUGGCCUCACGCAAGAGGACGACCAUGCUGUCAUUGUGGAUGGUAUCAAAGAAUACCUCGCGAAGAACCCUUGA